AUGAUUAAGAAGAAUAUCUUGCUCGUUGUCCUAUCAACAGCCUCUGUUACAUUCUCAAGUCAUGUUCAUUCUCAAGAGCAUAAUCUAUAUCAUGAAAAUAGUGAGAGUGGCUAAAUAUUUGAAGAUGAUGGAUUUCUGAAAGUUAGAAGUUCUCCAACUAGUGGAUGGAAAAAAGUUGCCUUUGAUUACGAGAUCCAGUAACCCUACGACAAAUAAUAGAGUGAGAGAUAUUCCUUCAAGGAUGGAGUUCACGAUUUAUGGGUCUUUUCAAACGACAAACCUCACUCACCUAGCUCUCAUACUGAUCCAAGAACCGAAAUAAGAAUUAAGAAUGAUUACACCCAUGGAUGGCAUUAGUUUGAAGCCGAUUUCUAUGUACCAAGUGGAACUUCUGGAGUGAAUCUCAUGCAAAUAUUCGGAGGAGGAGGAUCUGCUGCAACCUCAUUCAUGCUCAGAAUAUAUGAUGGCGAGCUUAGAAGAUAUAGUGGAUAAACUCUCAGAAAAAAUGCAUACAACAAAUGGUGGCAUCUUAAUGUUAUUCACAACGCUGAUAGUCAUCACAUUGAAGCUUAUCUUGAUAACUAAUUGGUAUGGUAAGGAGAAGACCAUGGAAGUGACAAUCACUACUUUAAGUGUGGAGUCUAUUCACAAAAAGGAAUGAGCCACAAGAUGGAAUCACUCUGGAAAAAUAUCAAUAUCUAUGUAAAAUGA